AUGUCAUAUGAUGAUUUGCAUGAGAAAGUCAUGAAAAGAAUCAAUGACUGGAAAGCUAACAAUUUCGAAGUCAAGCUUAUAAUGCACGAAUAUGGACCAGUUCAAAGAGAUUUAGAAUGGAAAUGCCCAUCUUCAUUUAAAUUACCAUCAAAAGAUGAAAUAACACAUGAAAAAAGAACAAAAGCAAGAAACACAAUAUCAAAACUUUACAAACAAAUUACUAAAGAUGAUUCAUUACUCGCAUAUCAAGCAGCAGAUGCAAUAGAAACAAAAAUAUUCAACGAAUCAAAAAAUCUCGAGAUUUACAAAUCAGGACUAGCGCGAAUAGGUAAAACUAUCACAUUUUUAUCCCCAUUAUCCGAAUUUGUCGACUAUGACCAUCCUAAAAUUAUAAUUUCAGACAAAUAG